AUUUCAUAGUCUUCCUCGCGGUGUGGACGUUAGUGCUGGAAGGUGUGAUCAAUGGCGGUGGCUGUUUCGGCGGGAGGCGAGGCUCUGAUGAUGGAGAAUGGACAGAGCACGGCCUCGAAGCUCGGCCUGCCGCCCCUCACCCCCGAACAGCAGGAGGCGCUGCAGAAGGCAAAGAAGUAUGCCAUGGAACAAAGCAUCAAGAGUGUCCUGGUCAAACAGACCCUCGCCCAUCAGCAGCAACAGCUCAGCAACCUACAGCUCCCUAAUUCCCUUCAGAUGGCCUCAUUAACGAUGGGCUUUGGAGAUCCCCUCUCACCACUACAGUCUGUUGCAGCACAGAGGCAACGGGCAUUAGCCAUAAUGUGCCGUGUUUAUGUUGGGUCCAUCUACUACGAGCUAGGAGAAGACACCAUCAGACAGGCCUUUGCUCCUUUCGGUCCCAUUAAGAGCAUUGACAUGUCCUGGGACUCUGUUACAUUAAAACACAAGGGUUUUGCAUUUGUAGAGUAUGAAGUACCAGAGGCAGCACAGCUCGCUUUAGAACAGAUGAACUCCGUUAUGCUGGGUGGUAGAAACAUUAAAGUGGGACGGCCGAGCAACAUUGGUCAGGCUCAACCGAUCAUAGACCAGCUAGCCGAAGAAGCGCGCGCCUUCAACCGGAUUUACGUGGCGUCCGUGCAUCCCGAUUUGUCAGACGACGACAUCAAGAGCGUGUUCGAGGCCUUCGGAAGAAUCAAGUCUUGCACCCUGGCGCGGGACCCCACGACGGGAAAGCACAAAGGCUAUGGCUUCAUAGAAUAUGAUAAGGCCCAGUCUGCGCAGGAUGCCGUUUCCUCCAUGAACCUUUUCGACUUGGGCGGGCAGUACCUGCGAGUGGGCAAAGCCGUCACGCCACCCAUGCCCCUUCUGACUCCAGCAACGCCGGGCGGACUGCCUCCCGCUGCUGCCGUAGCCGCUGCAGCCGCCACUGCCAAAAUCACAGCACAGGAAGCGGUAGCGGGAGCAUCUAUUCUGGGGGCGAUGACUGGCGGGUCGGGCCUGAACCUGCCCCAGCUUCCACAGGCAGUCAUGGCUGCUCAGGCCCCAGGGGUCAUUACAGGGGUGACGCCAGCCCGGCCCACGCUGCCUGUUGUGCCUCAGGUGGGCCUUGUGAACCCGGUGUUGGCCUCUCCGCCAUCACUGUCGGCAGCUGUGGCUGCAGCCCAAGAGGCAAAGAAGGAAAAAGAAGAGGAGGAAGCCGCUCAAGACGGCACGGGCCAGGAGAUGCUCAGUGAACAGGAGCACAUGAGCAUCUCGGGCAGCAGCGCCCGGCAUAUGGUCAUGCAGAAACUGCUGAGAAAACAGGAGUCUACGGUUAUGGUGCUCAGGAACAUGGUUGGACCUGAAGACAUAGAUGAUGAUCUGGAAGGAGAAGUAACGGAGGAAUGUGGGAAGUUCGGAGCCGUUAAUAGAGUGAUCAUUUACCAGGAGAAGCAGGGUGAGGAGGAGGAUGCUGAAGUCAUUGUGAAGAUCUUCGUAGAGUUUUCAGCAGCAUCAGAGAUGAACAAGGCCAUUCAGGCGCUCAACAACCGCUGGUUCGGAGGUCGCAAGGUCAUCGCUGAGGUGUACGAUCAGGAACGGUUUGACAACAGUGACCUCUCCGCAUAGACUGUCAAAUACAUCCUGCCCUUCAUAACUUUUUCUUCUCUCUCAUAUCUCUCCUUUUCCUCUUUCACACUUACACAGACGCAGCCGCCAGCCACUCUUCCCAGUGGUACUGGCUUCUCUUUAUAACUUGUAAUUAUUUUUUAUCGAUGUUGAUAUUAAUAUUAUUAAUGAUCCCUUCUUGGGACAGAGGCAAGGAAACGCUCAUGAAUAUUUUUUUUAUUGUUGCUGUACUUUAAUGUGAAUGACUGGAUGCCCCUCCCCCUUUUUUGGUUUAUUGGUUUACUCCCCAUUCCACCAAUCAGAUGUUGUUCAAAUUCAGUUUUUUGUUUUUUUCCCCUUCCUCUUGUUUAAAAUAUUGUCAAUAGCCUGUUAUGAUGCUCUUGGUUUCAAAUGCCAGAACAAUAAAUUCUUCAAAUAUGACAUUUGGGUCUUUUCUCUUUAAGAAAUUGUAUGGAAGCUUGUUUUGACGAACUAACGAAAAAAGUAUCGGUACUCGUACUUGGUCCUUAAAAAAUGGUAUCGGUGGAUCCCUAGUAUUCAGAUGAAAAAUCCAUUUGUUUUCAGUUUGUAAUUUCUGUUCUUCGUAUAACAACGCAUUGGAAGUACCAUCUAUUCCACAAAAAGAUAAUUCAUUAACCGUAUGAUGAAGAAAUAAAAUGUCUAAUUUCAAAUUCUUGUAUUUUCGAGUAACUCAAACUUAUUAACCAUUUUUAGUUCACGACAAGCCAAACAAUGUCUACAUGGGGAAAGCCUACUGGACCUUUAACUGUUUUUGGAUGUCAACAGCAGCUGUAUCAGCAUGCAUGCAUCCUGCAGAUUUCUUCCCCCAUAAUACACAAAUAAAGGUCUUUAAACAGAUAUUCACAUUUCCCAUCUGUAUUUAAAAUAUGCCAGUGUUUUUUAAUUGUUUUUCACAUCCUUAUUAAUGUAGGCUAUAUUUGGUACAACAAAAUCACAGAUUUUUUCUUUCUUUUAGACUGAUUGUUUCCAUCCAUCGAUUUUCUAAAGGCUACCAUUGUCGGUAAAAUUUGAUCAACUUAAAUGGAAGCUCACUGUCUUUAUAUCCCAUAUUACAUUUAAUUGAAUCACAAAAACUGUUCAUAUACAUAUGGAAAGAUUGUAUAUUAAUAACUGUUAGUAACCCGUAGGAACUUUGGAUCUAUGGAUCUUUUCUGAACAUUGCGGCUUAGAGUUGUUAAAUUGGUAUACUCCAAAGAGUAUUUGCAGUACUAGUUUUGUCAGUUGUGUUGACAUGCAUUUAGUUUGUAAUGGUUCACCACCUUAUAAUUUCGGUUUGAGUCAUGCAGGUCUUAUUAUAUAGUAUUAUAUUGGCCAAUCUAAGAUUUUUAGAUUGACAAAUCAGAAUAUUCGUAUAAGAAAGUAAAAGAUUUUAUUGAGCUUCAAGUUUUUGUGACCAAGGUAUGUUCGAAAACGUAUUUACUGACUUGAUCUUAAAAGGGUCUUAAAUUUAUCUUCAUAACCUGCAGAAGCCCUGUCUUAUUUCAUCAUCCUGGGGAGGGCCUCCGGUUACAAAGCAGACCAAUCACAGCUGUUGUGGUCUGUGUAGACGUGACACCAGUUACUGAUUCUGACCAGAUCAGGCAAACUGUGAAGAACUUCAGUUAUUGUGCAAGAUGAGAGGUUCACUGUUACUGCUUAGCGCUCUGUUACUGCUGGAGUCCACAGACGGAAACAAAGAAUAUCAACUAAGCCAACCUGAGACAAACAUCAUUAUUGACAAGGCAAUAAAAGAAGCCAAUCUGAAAUAUGGAGAAGACAAACACCUUGAUUUUGCCUCCAUUUUAAAUUCUGAUUAUGACAAGCGCAUGCUUAAUGUGUUAUUAAAACCCACCACAUGUGACAAGACAAUACCGUUUGUCCAUCGGAAAGACUGUAAAAUCCAAAAUAAGGCUACACCUCAAGUUUCUUGUGUUGAAUGUCGUGGAGAGAUGUCCUGUUUACUUCUCAGAGAACAAGAAAAGAUUAAACAAACUGUAUCCGAAUGUUUGAAUCUCCCAUCAGUUAAUGAUCAACAUACUGGGGCAGCACAUCCACUGUUCAGAAAAGGAGAAGAUGAGCAACAAUCAGGAUGUCUGGGAUGCAUCUGAGAAAUAAAAAUGAUCAAGGAUCUUUGCAGCUGGACAUAUGAAUGAAAAAAAAAAAAACUACUAAUGAAAUGUACCCUAUAAAAUUGACCUCUCAGGCCAAGUUUCUUUAUCUAGAAUUUAAUUAUAAAGAUUAAUGUGUAUUUUUGCUCAACUAAAGCAGUCUUCUCAAUAUGUUUCAAUUUAAUGAUGUAAUUUUUAGAGAAAUAUAGCCUUCAUCAGUAUGUCCUAGUCUUGAAUAACAUACAAGUCAAAUUAAUAAUUGUUUCAAAAAGUUUCAAAAUGUCUAAAUAUUCUUCAUAGAAAACAUUAUAAAAUUGUCCCCAAAGUUUUCAUGAAUACAAUUUUGAUCUUUAGACAAUUUAUUGGCACUGAAUUUGAGAGGUCCAAGAUAAUCUUGAAGAGAUCUGUAAACGGAUGUCCUGCAGUGAGACGCUGGUAUUUACUUGUUUCGUUUGUUUUCAUUAGUGUUUUAAAUUUACGUAUAUCAAUACAAAUUACAUUAAGGGACCUGAAGGUCAAAUGCUAACUGUUGGCUUUUUGUUAAGGAUUUUUUAAUUAAUCAUAACUAACAUUCCUUUUUCAUUCAGGAUUAACAUUUAUAUGCUUUUGAAAACUAAAUGUCCCCAACACUGGGGCCAAAAUGUGCCUAUAACAAAAGGGGAAACUAACUAAACAGCUUUCUAAAUAUAUAACCUCAUGACUUGAGUAACAAGCUGAAGUAAUCAAGAAAUCCAGAUUUGCUUUUACCUAGUAACAGAGAAUUAUACAUAUGGAAAAACCAAUCAUAUUGUAAAAAAAUGAAGUAAAGAAUCAUGUCACCUUUUGUCAUGCUCCUAUUCUAUAAAAACUGUUGUACACUUUUUGUCAAGCAAAAUUCUCUUAAAUUGGUCCGUGAUCCUCUUGGCCAUGAAUAAACCAUAUCCGAAGGCA